AUGCGAGCAAGCUCGCAAGGCCAGUCAUAUUUCGAUGCCGACUAUCCGACUAAGAAACCCCUCAUUCCUCAUGGCCUCUCCGUCGUCACUACAGCUGUAGCAGACUUCGAGUACUUGACACCUGCAUGUCCAGAACGGCACGCCCAAGCGGCUCGGCAAUUAGGAGCAACAGUAUCGAGCCGAAGUCCUCCAAUUCAUGGGCAGAAUCAGUGGCUCGCAAGGUCGAAAGUUUAUGUUAAGGACACAGCUGGCAACAGCUACAUCGCCAGGAUACUGUGCGAUCAAAUUCGUGGUCUAAUGCGGGAUUUCCAAGUGCCCAAUGGACUCGAGGCGAUGGGAUUUCAAUACUCCGAUAUUGAAAAACUCACUGCUGCAGCGCUGAAUGCAGUGGAGAACAUCGCAGUGACACCCCGAACAGCAGACUACGAAACUAUCGCAUACAUAUAUGAAAAAUCAUUAACGGUGUACUAG